AUGAUUAUCACAAUCUCAAAGGUGAUACGCACACUUCAUCCAUAUUAUCGUCUUCGUCCUGAUCAGUGGGGUUGGCAGAAUUCGAUACGACAUAAUUUGAGCCUUCACGAUUGCUUCGUUAAAUUGCCUCUGAAACAAACUUCGGCGAGUGGUGUCGUUGGUCAUUUCUGGACAGUAGUUCCUGAACUUGGCGAUAAACAAACAUUACGAAGGCGGAACAGAGCGGCGGCUCGAGCUGCAAAUCGUUCUACUGGUGUUGGAUCAUUGGCUGGCCGGCGAACAUCUGGUAUUGAAGGCGAAUUCAAUGGAAUGCAUCCAGGUGGCAGUGUUGGAUCAGAUACGAAUCUAAGCGAUCACAGUGCCAGUACAAGUCCUGUCAAUUCGGCUGCUGGUUCACCACUUGGAAUUGAUCAAUUAGCUGCAUUAAGCGAUCAGUCUCAGACAUCCGUUUUUAAGCCAAUGCCAUCAUAUAUGAAUCCUGUAAAUGUAGUAGGAAAAUCUUCAUCUGCACCUGCAGUAUCUAAUAAUCAUACGUCGAAGGCCCACGUCAGUCUUUCAAAUUCGAUAUUUAAUCCUUCGUUCACGUUGGAGUCGGUCGUUAAUAGUGAUGAGUAUAAGCUGUAUAUGCAGCAACUUCUAAAUGCUUAUAUGUAUCAACAAGGACUCAUGACAUCGUUACAUCAACUUUCCGAGCUAGCCAAUCAUCUAAGUCCGACGAUAAGCACGAUUCCAAAUUCUUUAUUUGGAAACAAAUAUCCUUUCCUCAAUGGUUUCCUCACUGAUCCUACGAUAUUAGCGAACAAUUUGCCAGCAGUCAGUAGUGCAACUGCAACUGCUAUUAAAGCUGCUGCAUUUGGAUUUCCACCAACAUAUCUUCCAUCUGUACUUUCGAGUCUUGCAUCAUUGCCAUCAUCGGAAGCGUCAUCGAAUUUGAAAGUACCAUCAUCAGGUGUAAGUACGAGUUCAACGCUAAAUACUUUACAAUUACCUGUAAAAAAUGAAUCAUUCAUGCUGUAA